GAGGAGCGGAGCGGAGCCACUCGGCGCGGCCGCUCCGCCAGCCCGGCCGGCUCUGCGGGGAGGCGGCUGCCCGAGCGGGGCCGCCCCCGCGCCGCUCCCGCCGCCCCGCGCCGCCUGGACCACUGGGAAGAUGGAUGGGCACGUCCUGGGAUGGAUCGUCCUCCUGUGGCUCGCAGCUGAGGUGGAAGGGUUGCAGGUCACUGUGCCUGAGAAGAAGAAGGUGGCCAUGUUAUUUCAGCCUGCUCUGCUUCGUUGCCAUUUCUCUACUUCUUCCACCCAACCAGCUGUGGUACAGUGGAGGUACAAAUCCUACUGCCAGGACCGGAUGGGAGAAGCUCUGGGUAUGGUGACUUCUGGUUUGCAAACAAUGAGCAAGAGGAACCUGGACUGGGAUCCCUACCUGGACUGUGUGGACAGCAGGAGGACAGUGCGUGUCGUGGCCUCCAAACAGGGAUCUGCCAUCACCAUAGGAGACUUCUAUAAGGAAAGAGACGUCAGCAUUGUCCAUGAUGCAGACCUGCAGAUCGGGAAGUUGAUGUGGGGAGACAGUGGCCUCUAUUACUGCCUUAUUAUCACACCAGAUGAUGUGGAGGGCAAGAAUGAAGAAUCAGUGGAGCUGCUUGUGCUUGGCAGGACAGGGCUGCUUGCUGAUCUCUUGCCCAGUUUUGCUGUGGAGAUUAUGCCAGAGUGGGUCUUUGUGGGCCUGGUGAUCCUGGGAGCGUUCCUGUUCUUCCUCCUGGUGGGGAUCUGCUGGUGCCAGUGCUGCCCGCACAGCUGCUGCUGUUACGUCCGCUGCCCCUGCUGUCCUGAGUCCUGCUGCUGUCCUCGGGCGCUGUAUGUAGCAGGCAAAGCAGCAAAAGCUGGGUACCCCCCUGCAGUCUCUGCCAUGCCAGGUCCAUACUACAUCCCCAGUGUUCCUGUAGCUGGUGUCCCAUCUCCUGCUGUGCUGAUGGAUAAGUCACACCCUCCUCCCUUAGCCCCAAGUGAGGCCAGCGGAGGGAGCCAAAAUGCAGUGCGCAAAGGGUACAGGAUCCAGGCUGACAAGGACAGGGACUCCAUGAAGGUGCUGUACUAUGUGGAGAAAGAGUUGGCUCAAUUUGACCCGGCUAGAAGGAUGCGAGAACGAUAUAACAACACGGUCUCUGAGCUGAGCUCGCUGCACGAGGAGGACCUGAACUUCCGCCAGCCCUACCGGCAGGCGCGGAGGAAACCUCUGCCCCCCGCGGGGGACAUGGAUGGUGAUGCCGAGUACUGGGCAGGAGUCGUGGGCGGGGGCAGCACCUCCAGAUCACAGGCUGUGUCUGAGUACAGGGAUGAGCGCGACAGCUACUGGCACAGCCAGCAGAGAUCCAAGUCGGAGAUGCUGUCCCGUAAGAGUUUCUCCGUGGGAGUGCCGGCCGUGUCCAUGGACGAGCUGGCGGCCUUUGCCGAGUCCUACAGCCAGCGGCCGCGGCGGGCGGACAGCCAGGAGAUGCGGCGCUUCGAGCGCUCCGAGUCGCACGGCGGGCGCGGCGGGGGGCUGCCCCACCAGGACAGCUCCAUGGAGGAAUACUACACCAAGCGCUGCAGGGGCAACCGGGAGCCGCUGACGGACUCGGAUCGGGGCUGGUCCUACAGCCCGCCCCGGAGACGGGCCCACGAGGAGAAGCACUUCCCCAGGCUGGUGAGCCGGACGCCCGGAGGGAGCCAGAAAUACGAUCACUCCUACCUCAGCAGCGUCCUGGAGAGGAAAUCCCGGAGCUACGACGAGAGUGGUGACCAUUGUGCAACCCCCUCGAAGCUGAGCUCGCAGCCCAGCCAGAGAGGAGGGAGCACAUACUAUGCCUGGUCACCGCCCUCCACCUACAAAGCCGAGAAGUCGCAGCCGCAGCAGUCGUCGUCCCCCGAGCAGGACGAGGAGGAGGAGGAGGACAGCCUGCCUCCCUACAGCGAGAGGGAGCUGAGCCGAGGCCCUUCCUACAGGGCCAGGGAACAGGCCUACCUCAAUGCCUCUGACAAGAAGAGGAAAAAGGACCCCAAGAAAACAGUGAGGCCAUGUCUGGUGGUCCUGGUCCAAAUAGGCUGAGCGGAGAGCCACCAGAAUGAUUUCCCAACAAGGAUGUCCCUUGUGGUUUGAAGUUGUGGACCUGUCAUGUUGAUGGGCUGGAUAUCAUGAGGUGACUGCAGUGGAGAAGAUGCAGAACAACAAGCAAAACAUGCCUCUGUGAACCUUUGCAGCCAUCAGCCAUGGACUGUUUCAAUUUUUUGCUUCAUCCAGGGGAGCUGAGGCUUUUGUAAGAGACUGACUCCCAUGGACAGCACUCGAUCUCGGAGGCUCUGGGAGUCUGCCCAGAAAAUGAGGCUAGGGGUCUCUUUGGCACCCUGUUUUCCAGUGCCCUCCAUUCUGCACUGGACAGUAGCCACAUCCCUACUGCCCCUGCAGCCCUCCCUGCAGCCCUGAACUACAAGUGAGGCUGCCUUUGUGCCUCUUGCUCUGUCCCACGUGCAGAGGGAGGCGUGUGUGCCUCUUGCUCUCUCUGUCUCAGUUCUCUGUUUGGAUCAAAAUUGUCUCCAUACUUAAAGCCUUUUCUGUAUCAUUCCCGUGCUGGGAGGAGGCCUUGUUCUUACAACUGCAGACUGCCUUCAGCUGAUCAGGCCCUAAAUCACGAAAGAAAAUCCACAUUCUUUCAGACACUGUAAGAAAAUGACUGAUGAGAUGUUACCUUGAUAAGGGCUGAAUGGGGAAAGGGACAAUUAUGAGCUGAUUUGUUCAAUAUAUUUAGUUCUAUUUGUUGUGUGAUGAGAGUUGCAGGUGAGAUGGAUGUAUUGUUUUGAAAGUGGGUCAAAGUAGCUUUUAUUGUAAUGAGAGCAUGAUUUGUUUCCCCCCUGCCCCCAACUGUGUUUUGUUUUGAUGCUGUUGCAUUUCCCUGCAGCUCAACUGUGACUCUGUAGAGCUUCAAGCUGGAGUACCUACUCCACUGUUUUAAAAGCAGUGCUCUAGCUUUCCUAGUGCUCUGCUUUCAGCACCACCAGACACCUCUGCCACUCUAGUGAGUGGCCUUUUUGUUUCAAGGAAACAAGAAGGGGACAGUCUCAGUGAGAGUGCAGCUGCAGACCUUCAUCCUGUGCCACUGGUAUCACACCUUUCUGGGAAUAGUUUCCCAGAAGAAACUACUACUGAAGAGAGCAGUAACAGCAGUGGGAAAGGACAAGCACUGUGGACAGAUACAAGCUUUGAAAGUCACCCUUUUCACUUAAAACCAUUCCUUUCACUUUGGUUGGGAUGUGGUUUUAGUGGCUGUUGUCUCAGGCAUAGCUUUAUUUAAAAGUGAGUGCUUCACACCAUUUGGAAGCCUAAUAUUCUGGUUUUCAUAGGGUAUUAUGCAGUCAUGUAUUUAGCUGCUAAAAUCAUCACGUGAGGAAAGAUGAUGGGAACAUUUUAAGCUCCAGUAUCUUGAUUCCUAUUAUACCUAGAAACAACUUAGUGCCCUGUUGUUACGGCCAUUAUCACCCUCUGAAAUGACAUCUUUGUUGUUCCUCUGGGAAUUUGGGAAGCUGUCUGGCCUCACAUGCUCAUACUGGCAGUACUGUUUGGGACACAAGGUAUAUUAACAUCACUGCAGUUCUCCAUAAGAAUGAUUGACUGAUUUCUCUAUUACUCCUUUGCAAGAUAGUUCACCCACCAAGAAUGGUCAGGGGAGAGGAAAAAUAAUCUCCAUGGAUUUGAUGACAGUUUUCAUGUGAGAAGGUGAAUUGAUGAAAGGAUGAUGUUCUUCUCACAUACUCCUCUACUGAUGACUGUAGUUUUGGAAAUCCCAGUCCUGGGUCUUCCUGGCCAGAGAGGGAUUGGCCAGCAGGAACAUACAAUUGUGGAAUUGCAGAAUUGUUUGUGCAGGAGGUAGCCUUUAAAGAUUUCAACAUUCAAAGUUUCAACUCUCUGCCAUGGGAAGGGACAUCUUCCACAUAUGAGGUUGCUCAAAGCCCCAUCCAACUGGACCUUGAGCACUUUCAGGGAUGGGACAUCUGCAGCUUCUCUGGGCAAUAUGUUGCAGUGUCUCACCACCCUCACAGUAAAGAAUUUCUUCCUUGUAUCUAAUCUAAAAUUACCCUAUUUUACUUGAAAAUCAAUGUCCUGGUAAAAAGUCCAUCUCCAGCUUUCUUGUAGGUCCCUUUAGUCACUGGAAGCUCCACAGAGCCUUCUUUUCUCCACAGCCCCAACUCUCUCAGCCUGUAUUUAUAGAAGAGGUGUUCCAGCCCCUCUGACCAUUUUUGUCUCCCUCCUGGACCUGCUCUAACAGGUCCAUGUCUUUAUGUGGCUGGCCCCAGAGUUGAACACAGUACUCUGUGUGGGGUCUCAGGAGAAUGGAGGAGAGAGAAAUUCCACUCCUUGGCCUGCUGGUCACCCACGUGACGCAUCCCAGGAUAUGGUUGGCUUUCUGGGCUGUGAGAGCACGUGGCUGGCUCCUGUCCAGUCUUCAUCCACCACUAUAAAAUCAUAGAAUUGUAGAAUGGUUUGGAAGAGACCUUAAAGAUCAUCUCGUUCCCCAAGUCCUUCUCAGGGCUUCCAGUCCAUUCUUCCCCCAGUGUGCAUCAAUACCAGGGGUUGCCCUGACUCGGGUGUAGCACCCCACACUUGGCUGUGUUGACCUUCAUGAGGUUCUCAUGGGCCCACUCGUUGAGCCUGUCCCAGGGUGAUUCUGGAUGGCUUCCCUUGCCUCCAGUGACUCCAUGGCAUCAUCCAGCUUGGUGUCACCCACAGACUGCUGAGAGGGCGCUCAGUCCCACAGUCAUGCCGUUAAUGAAGGUCUAACAGCAUCAGCCUUGCUGCAGGUCCUUGAGGGACACCGCUUGUUACUGGUGUCCUUUUGGACACUGAGCCACUGAGUGAUGCUCUGCAUGUGGCCAUCCAGCCAAUUCCUUGUCCAUCAGAUAGUCAUCCACCAAACCCAUCCCUCUCCAGUUUAGAAACUAAAUGUUGUGUGGGACUGUCAAAGGCCAGAAGUCAAGGUGCAUGACAUCAGAUGGAUUUUCCUUAUCCAGCAUUGCAGUCACUGUCAUAGAAGGUCUCAAAGUAAGCAGGUGUGAUUUGUCCUCGGUGAAAGCAUGCCAGCUGUCUUUAAUCACUUCUCUCCCAUCCAUAUGCCUUGAGGUGGGUUCCAGGAGGAUCUUUCAGGGCACAGAGGUGAGGCUGAUUGCUCAAGAGUUCCCAGGGCCCUGUUCUUUUAUCCCUUUAAAAUGGGUCUGGUGUGUCCCUUUUACCAGUCUCUGGGGACCUGACUGCCUGAAUGCCAUGACUUUUCAAAGAGUGAGAGCAACUUAGCAACUGCAUUUACCAUCUACCUGUAUUAUGGCUGGAGAGACUAACAUUUAAGUUUUUUUGUUUUUUUUUUUUUUACCAUUAAUUGUUUGUUCUUAGGAAAAUCACAGCACAGUUUGCAAGAGGUGGGCAGGUGGCUGCCAUCUGAGGUCUCUGAGGCCUUGAGAAGUCUACAGAGCUACACUAUGUGCUGUUUUAAAUCAAACAUUUCAUUCCUGACAUAUGAGGAUUCUAGCAAGUUGAUGUUUUGUUAGUCUGAAAACCUUGGCAACCCCUGUGCCAUGAAUUUCAAGGGAUCUUAGCCUGCUAUCAUUUCCAUCAGACCCAGGAAACAGUUGACAUAGAAAUUUGAAAGUGCAUCUGACUAUGCCAGAAAGGGCCCAAACCAGUGGUUUUACAGUCUCUGAAUACCUCUGUCUUUUAAAUCAUACUGAAAGCCUGAGCAUUACAAUCUUCUCAUUUCAGUUAUGUUCUGUCCCUUAUCUCAGUCACUGUAGUUUAUUUGAUCAAGCCCUCAGGAAUGAGUCGUGUGUAUUAAAAAUACAAGUCUUCAUUUAUUUGAGUCAGUUUUGUUUGUUCAGUGCUGGUACUUUAGGGCAUCUGUACACUGUGUGUAAGGAGUUGCCAUUUGUGUAUCUAGCUUAUAAAUAAGUAGUUGCAAGCUAAUUCUUUUAAGAAAACUGUUUUAAUUGUACAAACAACUGUUUGUGAGAAUUUGGAAACAUCUCUUGAAUCCAGGUACUUGGAAAAGUAUUGAAGAUUUUAUGACUAGUGAUUCUGUGAAUUUUACCAGAUGAUAAGUUUCAGCUGCAGGAAAAAAAAGGUCUUAAUUCCCUGAAGUCAGAUAUGAGCAGCAGCGACCUUUCUCUAAAAUUUUGUAUUUCAUAUCUCUCUGUACAAAUCUGCGGGAAUUUUCAGUUACUGAUCAUGUCUGUCCUCAGGCCACCUUUAUUUUUCCCAUUAGAAGUGAGUCUGCAGCAGCAACAAAUGGACCAAAUCAAGAAGUGAGGGGUGACUAGAAUAUCUUCACAGCUACACAACCCUGAUGACCUGUGACUCCUGCAGCAGGGGAGCAGGGGCCCAGAGACUGACAGGCAGCUCGAGAGGAGCCUCAUGUUUCAGGAGAGGAGUAGUGGUUUGUGUCUGUGCCAUCUUUCAGAGCACCUGCAGAAUGCUGGCACUGGGAAAUAAAUGAGCCUGGUUAUUAUGUGGUCUCAAAUUAUAAGUGUUCCAGUGAUGAAUUUUUAUUGCUGGCAUAAAAUUAAAAUCCUUUUCUUACUGGA